AUGAUAAGUGACAGGAGUUUUUUUCACAUAAUGUCGUCUAACUAUCUAUGUAACCAAACGGGAAAUUGUCCUGUAUGUCAAGAGGUUCUAAUGGUUCGAAAUUUUGAAAGACAUUGUAACAAUAAACAUACACUAUUAUCAUCUAAUGAACGUCGCAACGCUUUGAAAACUUUAAAAGAAGAAUGCUCAAGAAAACGUACAGCAAAACAAGCAAAUUCAUCUAAUAUACAUGAUUUUUAUUUUGCAAAAAAACCUCGUAUUUCACAAACAGAUCCAAAAGUAUUAAAUGACACUAAUAGUGAAGUUGUUAAUCCAGUUAUUGACAACACAUUAGCAAAUACUAAUGAAAUUAGUGCAUCUAAUGAUGGUUCAAUAACAAUAACAAAUUAUUUUAAUAUUAAUAAUUAUGAUGCAUCUUUGGACAAAAGCAUUAACAGCAACAACUUCAACGAUGAUACAAUAAUUAAGAAUACUUCUAUUUCAUCACCAUUUGAUGUUUUAACAAAUACACCUGAUAAAUCUGACGAGGAUGAUAACACAACGGAGAGUAUGGAUGCAUGUAAUAACAAUACAACAUUUGAUAAUGUUAGUGAUAGUUGUAAUAAUAAUGAUGAUAAUAGCGAAGAUCGUGGAACGAGAAUUCAUAAUGAUAGUGCUGAAGACGUUGGAUUUAUAGAAGAUAUAUUGCAUGAUAAGAAAACAUCUCGGCCAACACCUAUGAAAACAAGUAUACGUGGAGUAUUAUUUAUAAAUGAUUAUGAAUUAGAUUAUGUAGAUAAACAAGGAAAUCGUUUUCCAAAUAUUAACUGGGAACCUGAUACACAAAAAACCAACAGUAAAACACAUGGUAAACCAAGUUCAACAUGGUGGUCUGGUAGUCGUCAACAAUGGUUAAGAGCUGUUCGUACCAAUAAUAUUUAUGGAUUAUUAUGUUCUGUUUGUGCGCAAUAUACAACAGAUGAUGUUCGAAUACAACGAGCACAUGGUGCAUUUAUUGUUAAACCAUAUUACAAAUUACAAAAAAAAGGCCUUGAUGGUAUUACAAAUCAUGAACAAUUAAACGAAUUAAAAAAUACAAACUUUUUAACAGUUAUGCUUGAUGAAACAACUGAUAUCAACAAUUUAAAACAACUUGUUAUUUGUCUUCCUUUUUUUAAUACAGCAACGUCAUCAAUAGUCGAACAAAUUUUUCAUUUAACACCUAUCGAAUCUCAAACUGGAGAGAAUUUACAUAAUAAAUUAUCUGAAUUUUUGACAAAUAUUCAAAAUGAAUUAGAGAAAGAAUUUAUAAUUGUAUGUCAAUGCUACGACGGAGCUUCAGCUCUUCGUUUUCAAUUACAAGGACAUUUUCGUGCUAGAUGGUGUGCAUUUGCUAUUUACUUAUAUUGUCGAUCACGUCUUCUCAAUUUAUGUGUUAAAGACGCAAUUGGUUCUGUGUUUAAUAAAACCUACAAAUUGGUACGUUCUACUCUUAUUUUUAUUCGUGAUGGAGCAUUUCGUGCUAUACUAUUAAAACGGUCACAAGAAAUACAAGCAACGAUUACAAAUAGUAAUAAUGAAUCAAAUAAUGGCGAUAAUUUUAAUGAUACAUCAUCGCAAAAUAACAAGAAUAAUCGUGUACAAUAUGUCCAACAAAAACCUCUACCAAAAAAAGCAACACAAGCAAUUCCAACACCAAGUGAUACAAGAUGGAUAUAUCAUUACCAAUUAAUUAGUUUUAUGUGGAAACAUUUAGCAGCAGUAGUGGCUACGUUAAGUCAGAUAGUAGAAAAAGAUGAUGAUGGUUCACCAACAGCAAAUGGCUAUGCAUUACAAUUAAUUGAUAAAACAACAAUAUUUGAAAUAAAUGUGAUGGAAAAUGCAUUAAGACAUUCAUAUUUUUCUUUAAAAGAAAUUGAACAUCGAUCAUCAACAUUAGAUAAAUUAUGGAUAUGUCUCGAUUCGACACAAGAAGCUAUUGCUAACACAAUGAACGUAUUUGAUUUUGAAUUAUAUAAAGAAAAAUUAGCUACAAUUGACAACAUUGUUCCAACGGUUCCACUAACAUCACAAUGUACACGUCGUGGUGGUCAACAUACGACAACAAAUGAUCAAAAUAAUGAUAUAAAUGUUAAAUUAAUUAAACAUGGAUAUUUAUUUUUAGAUAAAUUUAUGGAAUCAAUCGAGGAUCAAUAUGAUGAUAAUAAAUUAAUUGAUAAUGAAUUGUUGCUGUUCUACUGUAAUUCAAUACAUUUUAAACAUAAAGAUACAAAUAAAUCAACGUACGAAAAAACAGAAAAUGCAAUUUUAAACAAACAUUUAUUACAAAACCAAUUACCACAAUUUCGUUCAACAAUUCGAACAAUAACUGGUUUACUUGAAAUUACAAAAUGUUUAUCAAAAUGUGGUGUUUAUCGUUUAUCUGAAUGGUACAAGUUUUACCAAAUAUUAAUUACAAUACCAUUAGGUGCUAAUGAAUGCGAAAAACCAUUUAGUGCAUUAACAAGAAUCAAAACAAAAUUACGUAAUAGACUUGGAAAUGAUGCACUUGAAACAACAGCUAAAUAUGCAAUAAUGAAACCGUAUAUGAACAAUGAUGAUAUUGACUAUAUUGUUUCUAAUUUUUAUGCUAAUCCUACAAGAGCAGAAUCUCGAAAUGUUAAAAUAUUUGUUGAUGAUAGUUAA